AUGGCCGUGCGCUGGGCCGGUCCCGAGUUUCAGAAGUAUCACGUGCAGCCCGUGCUGGCCGGGGAUUCGCCCUGCGCGACUCUCGACCACGGAGGAAGUAACGGUGGCCACUGCACCGGCAAUCUGGCGGAUGAUCCUUGCAGGGCCGUGGAGGGCAGCGCAGCAUGA